AUGCCCCAUCUACUCGAGAUACCGCUCGAGCUUAGAGAUGAAAUCUUUUACUGGGUCAUCUGCCCGCUGGUAGAGCCACCUGAAUCUCCUCUUUCGGAACAAGCGCACCGCCAGAGGCUGCCGCAUGGUGAAUAUCUCAGCCGGGGCAUCUAUAAUGAGUGGGACUUUCUCCGUCGCGGCAUUUGGCAUCGAGCACCGACGAACCCUGCGCUCUCUCUCCUCCAGGUGAACAAACAGAUCCAUGACGAAGUCAGCCACUUUCUUCGACGCAUUCCAACGGACUACAAUGUCGAUAUCAUGUAUGUCAAAGAGUCCGGGCUUUGGCCAACUUGGUCAAUCCCGAAGCUCCCCGAGACACAGUACAUCGACUCUGUCCGUGCAACCUUUCGAAUCUUCAACCCUACCGAAGAUCUGGGCAAGCAGUUUCGGUACAAGGUGUCUCAUUCACGACUGAUCUGUCACUCGCCUACCUUUCAUAGGUCCUUCUACGGAUUGCUCACCAACUUCCUCAAACGUGGACCCGGGCUUCUCGACCGUACCCAUCCCGAAGAUGACGACAGCAUCGCCCCCAGAUACAUUGUCAAGAAGAUCUUCAUCGACAUCGUUGCACCUACCGAUGGCUCUCCGCAUUCCAGUAUUCUCAUAGAUGACAAUCUCUACCCGAGGCGCGCGAGUGCUCGCAUGUUACGAACCCUGUACGGAGAUCAUGAUGAUGUAGACACGCCGCCUGAAGAGCGCCUCGCAUCACACUUGGCGAAACAAUUGGAGAUGCUGUUGUUUUCUCGGUUUUGGUGCUUUGAAUUCAUGCACUUGAUGAUUAUUUAUGAGCAGGUGGCUGAGGAAUUUGUCAUCACAGUCAAUGGAGAGGAAUUCAAAAGAGUAAACAUGGAAGAAAGCUUCAGGAAACUCAAAGAACAGUUCUUCCCCCCAGGUUCAGGACCCGGAACGUGUGCAGCGUGGGGAAAUUGGGCAGAAGUAAGGCGGCGAAGGAUGAGGGAGGGCCUUGAACUCGAUAACCAGAGGCCGGCAGGGGUGGAGAGAUUAUAUGAAUAG